AAUGUUUAUAAAAAGCCGUUUAUUGUUAGUCUUAUAUUAUUUGGAGUGUCUGUGUACGUCAAGUCCCUGUGUACGUAGCGUAGCUGUUCCUAUAGAAACAUGGCGCAUUAAUAUUACGCAACCGUUCCGUUACAUUCGGAAAUACUUGUGCGCUUACACAAAAUACAUUAUGCACAAUAUAGCGUUAACCGUAUGCGUAAAGCCGUAUGCAUUAACAAAUAAAAGCUUAGAAACUUUAAUAUGGUGGAUACUUUUCGAAUAGGACGCAUUUAUAUAACAUACACGUUUAGUAACGAAGGCGUAGCUACCUCUACUUCCUUCUAUGUAUCUGUGAUCGAUUGAGAUGGUCUGGUCUGCAGCGCUACCCUGAUUUCUUCUCGCUGUGACCGGAUAGAGAGGAAAGGAGCGUGUGGCUGAAUAAUCCCUGCGUUCAAGAAAUGUCGCUUUCCAUCGACUUAGAUUUGCGGGGAAAAAACAGGUCGUAAACACGAGCUUUGCAUUGUUCUUGGAAAGUUGUGUGCCCCCUGUUACAAAUUCCCUGAGCAACUUUGGGAGUCUGCCUUUGUUUGGCCUUGUCUCCCUCCAGUUGGCCCAUAUAAAGGCUCAGUUGGCACUGCACCAGCUGAAUGUGAUUACUGCCAGAAACUUCACUUCUCAUUUUACUGCUUUACCUGCUCUGACCUUUCUUGACUUGAUCAAGGUUGCUAUGUCCCAUCCCAUGUACAAUCCCCGUGGGGGGCCAUUCUCCAGUGGCCAGAGGCCCAGUGCAGCGGGGCAGUAUGGUGUUGGGUCACAGUCUGGCCUGGACUUGGCAGGAGCUCGCCUUACGCCUGACUCCAUGUCUAGUACUCGUGGGGGAAUGACAACAAACCAGCAGAUGUCAUUUCCACUGAGUCAGCGUCAGCCACAGAUUUCACACAGCCUUGAUACAUCUAUAGAUAUGAACAUUCGUGGAGCUCUUGAGGAAGUGCGUCUUGUCACCCAAAUGAUUCACCAGCCGAGAACAGUAGAUCCCCGCCUGAAGAAAGAUGUCAGAGAUAAAGUGCUUCCUCCAGGAGGUGGUGGUUAUGCAGCAGCCAGUGUUUCAGGAAGAUCUGAUGAUGUGGACUGGACUGGUUACCAGGCUCCAAGCAAACUUUUUUCUCCACCAAGUAUAGGCCAUUCCUCAAAUUCUUCACAGAGGUUUCAGUCUUCGGGUUUUGGCAGCAGUGCAGGACAGAGUGGUUUGGAUAGCCAAUCUCCUUCAGAACAUCACCCUGCACGUUACACUCCAGAGAGUGCCAGCAGCAUAUUAGCAAACUUUGGACUCUCAAGUGAGGACCUAGAGCUUCUUAGCCACUACCCUGAUGAUCAAUUGACUCCAGACAACCUGCCUUUUAUUUUGCGAGACAUCCGCAUGCGCAAGGCCACAAGGAACAUCGCUGAACGUGAAAGAAGAUCAUCUGAUCUUCUGGUCUCUGAUGCACGACAGGGCCAAGUUAUUGAUUAUGGACAUGCUAGGAAAUAUGAUUUUCCUGAGGAACAAGCAGACAAAUAUGCACAUGACCACCUUACUAAAGAAUCAGUCAAGUAUGGGAGGGAAGUCACGAGUUCCACCUUCGGUAAUGCUGAAAAAAGUAAGCGUCCGCAGCAAAACAUGGCUACCCCUGGUCUUGCACAAGCUUCAAUUAUGGUUUCAAAGCUUCAGCAACCUCCAGUGAUGGCUCCAAGACCCACGUCGCAAAGCCUAGACCUCCAAGGUGCCAAGGCAAUACCAAGGAGGCUGUCUACUUCCACGGCUGUACCAUCGCCCAUCAGUCGUCCACCACAGAUUCUGUCCGCUGUUGCUGGUUCUCUAACUUCUAUGGUCCCGAUGAUCUCUGGAAGUUCAUUUGCAUUUGCUCCACCUCUUGUCCCAACUUCAGCUGCAAAGAGGUUACCAACUCCGACCAUGAUGAAUGAUUAUUCAGCUGCUAGCCCAAGAAUCUUUCCCCAUACAUGCUCUCUAUGUAACGUAGAAUGUGUCCAGACUAAGGAUUGGAUUGAACAUCAGAACACAUCUCUUCACAUUGAGAGUUGUAGACGUCUCAGAAAACAAUAUCCAGAUUGGAAUGCAGAGACUGUUUCCCUUACAAGAACUCCUAGCCCCAAGCACCACCAUGGUUCAUCUAGUCAUCGUCAACGGUCUUGUUCCCGCUCGCGGUCCAGAAGCCCUCGGAGGUACCGCCGCACACGUUCUCGAAGCCGGUCUCGAUCACCCCACAGGAAAAGUCGUGGCUCACCCUCAUACCGCCGGAGGUCUCGCAGCCCUCCACGCCGGAGGUCUCGCAGCCCUCCACGCCAGCGCUCUCGCAGCCCUCCACGCCAGCGCUCUCGCAGCCCUCCACGCCAGCGCUCUCGCAGCCCUCAACGCCGGAGGUCUCGUAGCCCUCCACGCCAGCGGUCUCGUAGCCCACCACACCAACGAUCAAGGUCACCAGGCUACAGCAGCAGUAGGCGCUCUCCUCCACGGAGUUUUCGCAGAAUAAGCCCCCGAAGGAGCAGUCCUUCUCGCUUGCAUAGAUCAAGCAGCAGUGAAAGACUAGCAAAAAGACUUCUGGAGUCUUCAGAAUUAUCUUCAGUGUCUGACAGUAGUGCUCUUAAGGCAAUGGUGGAAUCAUUGGCCCCUGCACUGUUAGCUGAGCUAGACAAGAAGCGGAACAGUUCCUUGUCAUCUUCAGUAAAGAGUGGUAGAAAGCGAUCAUCAUCUCCUCCUUCUAAAAGAAGUGAAUCCUCCAAGUCAAGCAGCUUCAAGAGUGUGAAGCCUAAGAAGCCUGCCGGUCCUGGAACAUCCUGUCUGCUAAGAUUAAAGGGUAUUCCUUUUGGGACUACACGCCAAGAGCUAGUUGCUGCUGUUGAGCCAUUUGGGGCAAUUCACACCGCCAUUCUCCUUAAAGCCAUCUCUGAGGCCUCAGUGUGUAUGGAAAGGGAGGAAGAUGCCAAAGCUUUGGCCAGCUGUAAAGACCUGAAGCUGCGUGGGAAGCUUAUUGAAAUCUGCAUGGAGAAGGAGGCCAAGGUUGAACUAAGGUGUUCUGAACAUGAGAAGAUGCCUAUUGUUAAGAAAAAGGAGUUCCAACAUGGCACAAACAAGAUGUCCCAAUCAGCAAAAGGCAAAGUGCCUAAAACAGCACAAACCACUAAAACUAAAAGUGGUCCUAAGGGAGCGCAAACAGUUAAAGCUAAAGAUCUAUCCAAGAUGCCACCAGCAGCUAAAGCUGUAAAGUAUGUUCCUAAGGUGUCGCAAGUGACUAAACUUAAGGAGGUUCCUAAGUCGCACAUGGCUAAAGGGAAACAGAAUUUCAAGAUCAAGCCUUCAACAAAAGGCCCAGGAGGAACUCCAGUUAAAAAGAUUGUAAAGAAGGAGGUCCAAUGGAGGAGAAAUAUAGUUGAGAUAACUGGUCUUCCAGAGGAAGGAAUUACUGAAGAGGAUCUCACAAAUCUUGCUAGUCCCCAUGGUUUAAUGUUAAAACCUGUCAUUGCUAUCAGCCAGCACAAGGCAUAUCUGGAAAUGCCUAAUACAAUGGCAGCCGAGGCACUGGUUAAGGCAUAUGCAGAGACUCCAGCAAAACUACAGGAGAAAGAGAUAAAAAUUACAAUGAUGAACAAACCUGUUGAUCUUCAUAAUACUGAAUCAGUAUUCAGAGUUCUGCUGGGAUUGGAUAUGUUGUCUCCCAGUGAUCUUGCAUCGCUUCCUGAGCGUCUCCUCUCUGUCAAUAACGUACCAUAUAAGGUUGGAGCAAUCACUGAAAUACACAACCUCAUCAAACGUUUUGGUUCCUAUAAGCAGUCUCUGGCCCUCAAUGGAAGGAUCAUUUUUGAAAUGGAUACCACUGAUGUUGCCAGGUCGGUUUAUAGACGGUUCCAAAAGUUUCCAUGCAUCAUACAGAAUAAUCCGCUCCAGUUCAGGCUUGCUAAAAUGCCUAGGGCUCCUGAACAGGUUAAAAAGAAACCUGAUGCCAAAGGGUUUAAUAAACGGGUUGCUAAAACUCUGAGCAAAAAUGCAGUUACUCCUGGAACUCCCUCAAGUACUUUAGGCACACAACAUGUUGCCACUGUCGGUGUUAAAUCAAAGACGGGUCUUAAAAAAUGCGCUGGAAAUGAUGAAAAAGAGACUGAAAACGAAGCAAAGAUUGAGCCAGACACUAGAGCUACAUCCACUAGUGCUACAUCGACUAAUGAAAUAGCAAUUGCAAUGCAGGGCCCUGUGGAAGAAUGCAGCUUAUCUAGCAAAACAAUUCCAAGUGACUCUAAUGAAUCUCAAAUGGACACCCCACAUAAAGAAACUGUUUUAAUUGAAAGCUGUGAAUCCAAAAUAGGCAUAUUUAAGCAAGAACAUAAAUUUGACCCCCAAAUGGAAAACGUUACCUUGGUGAAGAUCAAAGAACAAGAGUCAGGACAUAGUGAUGUGCUUCCAAUCACUGAAGAAGUACCAUUUUCUAUGGACACAACAGAGCAUGCUGACCACUUACAGACUGAAGCAAGAGAGCAUGCUGAAAACCUAACCGAAACAACUGAGAAUUCUGAAAACCUAAAAAUGGAAACGGAGCAUGCUGAAAACCUAACUGAGAAUUCUGAAAACCUAAAAAUGGAAACGGAGCAUGCUGAAAACCUAAAAAUGGAAAGGGAGCAUGCUGAAAACUUACUCACUGAAACAACUGAGAAUGUUGAAAACCUAAAAAUGGAAAUGGAACAUACUGAAAACUCACAAAUAAAAACAACUGAGCAGACUGAAAAAUCAAAAAUGAACACAAAUGAGCAGAUUGAAGAUGUACCAGUUAGCAUAAAUGAGCAUUCUGAAAAAUUAAAAACUGACUUAGCUGAGCAGGCUGAAAAUGACUCUGAGGAUACAACAAAACCUGCAGAAGAAUCAUCUUUGGAGGGAUAUUUUAAAUCAAGACCAAAAUGUGCUUCACAGGCUAUGGAUCAGGUACAAGUUGAAGAUAAACUAGCAGAUGACACUGAUGAUCAGUUGCAAUCAAUAGUGGACACUAAGACAGCAGCGCUUACUAGUAUUGAUAGUGAAGUAAGCACUGUGGAACCUGUUGGUUUGGAAAAUGAGCCACAGCAGACCUUCAAAAAGGAGUCCAUCCAGUAUAGUGAGGACAAAGAGGUCAAUAUAAAUCCUAUAACCCAGAAUGAGGUUCAACUUAAGGAUGACCUGAAGGUGCAUGAACCAGUUAAAACUGAUAGCCCACUACAGUCUUCUGACCAAAGCCAGGCUGAAAAUGUUACAAGUCUGCAAGGGUCUCUUCCAGUUGAUGAAGUGACACUGGACUUUCCACCAGUUACACCAGAGAUUUUGAAGGCUCUUGAAGCCGCAGUCCAUCAGUGCCGUCUACAGUCCUCCAUGAAACGUGCUGAAGAGCAAGCCACUCGAAAAACUGAAACGGAGAAGAAUUCAACAGAGAAAAAUGUUCCACAUGUUGACAGGAAAGUAACUAAAACUGACAGGCAAAAAAAUCAAGAAAGGGGAAGGAAACCCCAGAGUUCUAGAAUUACUAGGAGCCAAAGUAAAAGAGCUGAGUCACCAGAAAGGGAGCUUUCUUCCAGACAUAGAGUCAAGGGUGGUCCAAAAGAAGGGUCUCCUGCCACUAGUAAUGAAGGAUCUUCAAGUACUGCAUCUCGAAAGACCAGACUUGAGAGCAGCACAGUUUUAAGGCAGUCAAGGGAGCGUGAGGAAGAAGGCUACAAGACCCGUAGUGGCAGCAGAAGUACACAUUCUUCAAGGAGUGAUUCAAAAACAAAGAGACCUGGAAAGUCAAAAGAAGAGGAGAUGCAAGCCUUUGAGGAACCUUUUCCCUUCAACCUAGAUGAGUUUGUAACUGUGGAUGAGGUAGGAGAGGAAGCAGAGGAGCACACUCCUCCAGCUAGCUCAGGACACUCUAAGUUGGAGGAUGACCCCAAGUCCACCAUGACAAAAUCAGUACCUAAAAGGAAAUCCAGUGCUAAUGCUAGUUCGGAAAAGUUUAAGAAACCGCCGACUUUAGCCAUACCUAAGUCCAAACCAUCUGCAGAUAUUGAGGCAGAGGAUCAGGCAGCUACAGACACAAUGGAAAAAAUACUUGUAAAGUCUGAGCCAAUCAAAGGAGAGAAAGAGGCAGAAAAGCUGGAAGGAAUUGCAAUUAGUAGUGAUGUCCAAGAGGAAAAAAUAGAAAAGGAAGCAGCAUUAACACCAAAACAACUAGAAUCUGAGAUUAAAGACACGUUCAUUGCUACGGCGAAUUCUGAGAAGCCCUCCUUCAAUGAAGAGCCACCAAAUAAAGAGACCUCUCAUUUGUCUGGUCCCAACCAAAUAGAUUCAUCUGCCCUUGCAGUAAAGCAGCCCAUUCCAGUGUCUGAGCUAGAGAAACAGGAAUCGCCUGCAGAGCACCAACCUGAGAGGUCAGACGCUGAACUUAAAAAGAUGGAGAACAAGGAUCUUCUACCCCAAGAUAUUCUGGUAACUCUCGAUGAGGUGGGAGGUGAAGAUGGAGAUUUUGCUGAUGAGGAAGAGCUUCUGAAACUCCAGGCUGGAGAGAAUCCUGAGGCAUUAUUAACUGUUGAUGAGGUGGGAGGUGAUGAAGCAGAUGCUGAGGAGGAACAAUUGCAGAAAGUUCUGCAGGGACUGGUCACUCUUGAUGAAAUUGUUGAAGAUGAGGAUGAUGCAGGCUCUUUUAACCCUGAGACUCUUGUUACACUCGAUGAGGCGAGAGGUGAUGAAGAAAUGGAGGAAAGUGAGCAGGCUAAAAUCAAUCAUGCCAGGGGUGAAGUUGAUAAAUCAACCCAGCCUGAGGUGCUUGUGGAAUCAUCUUUCUUAGAGGAGGAUGUUUGUGAUCUAGAAGCACUACGCAGGAUGAAUUUUGUGACCGUGGAUGAAGUGGGUGAGGAAGAGGAAGAAAAGCAAGAGCAGAUGGUGGAAGAGAAGGUGGAAGAGGAGAAACCUAUCACCAGGAGAAGUGGAAGGGCUAAGAAGAGGGCUCGACAGACACCAGUGAGGAAGUCUACCCGGGGGAAGAGGGGAAGAUCUAGUAACCAGGUAGAGGAACUCCCUGAGAACAUCCCUCCAGAGGAAACAGCUUCCAUCGAUAAUGUGCCUCCUUUAGUUACAAAGGCAGUAGAAAUAAGCAUCAAACCAGAAGACAAACCAGAAGACAAACCAGAAGACAAACCAGAAGACAAACCAGAAGACAAACCAGAAGAAGCAAAGGUUCUAGUAGAAGAGGUGGCAACUUCAGCCUCAACAAACACACAGAGUCCUGGAACAGAGGAAGAGAAGCCUAAUAUAAGCAAACAGGUAGAUGAAGUCACAGUCAAGGAGAGUACUGCUGCUGAAGAUACAACUGAAAAAAAAGCACUAAUAAAAGUUUUAGAGGACUCUAAACGAAAGCGUGAGGAAGAGCUGAGUCAGGAGCCAAAACCUAAGAAGCCUUGCACUCAGCCCUUUAUAACUGAUGACUUCACUCUUCCCCCUUUCACCCCAGAUAACCCCAUCGGUGUGGACUUUGUGGUUCCCAAGACUGGUUUCUUCUGUAAACUCUGCUCUUUGUUUUAUGGUAAUGAGGAAACCGCAAAGAGAACCCACUGCAGCAGUUUACGGCAUUACCAAAACAUGCAGAAAUACUAUGAAAAACUCAAAGCUCAGAGUGGCAGCUCAACUCAGACACCAUCCACUCAAAAUUCUUCAUUUGAUUAAAUAGAUCUUUAUUUUUCUUUUUUGUUCAUUCUGGUAAAUGGGUCCAGUAUUAUGUUGUUAAAGCUUGAAGAUUUUUGUUUGCUGACUACUUGCAUCCAUGCUGAAAGCUGAAUUCAAAGGCUUUCAGAAAUUUGUUAAUUCAUUUAGAUGUUACAUGGAAAUAAACAUGUUUUAAUAAAUGA